UCUCGCCAUGUUGAAUAGAGCAACAAGUGACUAAGAAACUCGAUUUGUUUCUGCGUUUGUUUUCAUACAAGAAGAGCAUCAUCAGUAGAGAUGGAUGCUUUCUUACGAGGACAGAGUUCUACUGCUAGUUCUUCGAAGCUUAAGCAACAAACAGGCGAGGAAACAGCAGGAUCUUCAAACAAAAGGGUUGUUGUUCCUUGGGUUGAAAAAUAUCGCCCAAGAUCUGUGGAUGAAGUUGCUUAUCAAGAUGAAGUUGUGUCAGUGUUGAAAAAAUCUCUAGAAGGAGUUGAUCUCCCAAACUUGUUGUUUUAUGGCCCUCCUGGCACAGGAAAAACAUCCACAAUACUUGCUAUUGCAAGACAGCUGUUUGGACCUGAGCUUAUGAGAUCACGGGUGCUUGAAUUAAAUGCAUCAGAUGAACGUGGAAUACAGGUAGUGAGAGAUAAAGUUAAGAAGUUUGCUCAACUGGCAGCCUCUGGUAUUCGAACUGAUGGUACCCCAUGCCCACCCUUCAAGCUGGUUAUUUUGGAUGAAGCAGAUUCCAUGACACCAAGUGCUCAGGCAGCCUUGAGAAGAACCAUGGAGAAGGAGACAAAAACCACAAGAUUUUGUCUUAUUUGUAACUAUGUGAGCAGAAUUAUCGAGCCCCUGACUUCCCGUUGUUCCAAAUUUCGUUUUAAGCCAUUAUCUACAGAUACUUUAGAGAAGAGACUCAACAUGAUUUGUGAAAAGGAAAAUGUGAAAUGUGAUAAAAAGGCGAUACAAGAAUUGAUUAAGAUAUCAGAAGGUGACAUGAGGAAGGCUAUAACAUACCUACAGAGUGCUCAAAGAUUGAAGGGUGAAGACAUGGUAGAAGCCGAUGAUAUCAGUGAAAUAGCUGGGGUUGUACCAAGUAAAAUGGCAGACAAACUUUUUGAGGCUUGUGGAUCAGACUCAUUUGAAAAACUUGAUGCUACAGUUCAGGAAAUAAUAGCUGAGGGUCAUGCAGCUGCUCAGGUCAUCAACCAGGUUCAUGACAGAAUUAUUGAAAUGGCUGAGUUAAACGACCAUCAAAAAUCUGCCAUUAUGGAAAAAAUAGCUAUCGUCGACAAAUGUCUUUGUGAUGGAGCUGAUGAAUAUUUGCAAAUUUUAAGCUUGUGUUCCGUCAUGAUGCAACAGUUUUGCCAUGCUGGACAAACAUGAAAAGGUCAGAAAGGAAAAGUUGGAACGGAAACAUUCCCAUCGUUGGUCGCCAUACCGUUUCAGUUGUCUUGUGUAAAUUACUAGUAAAAGGUUUACCCAAUUAAAACAGCUAUACAAUUCUUAGCCGCACCUCUGAAUAGUUAUUGACUUAAUAUAAAUCUCGGAUUGAGAUCUUUAAAAAGGGUCGCCCAAGUUUGUCGGCGAAGUGUCAAACGAUGUCGGCAAAAUGAAAGACUACGUUUUCGAAGUGACCGGUUUAUGGGCGAGUUGACUAAAGUCAACUAUCGGCGAGUUGACAUAUCAGGGAAGUGACCGGGUACCGUAUAAACGGGCCCAUAGAAACACGCUUGAUUCGGCUCAGUAGAGUGUUCCUUUUCUGUUGCUUACAAAGCGAGUGCAGGGUCACGCUGAUUGCCUGUCAAUUACACUCUUGUCACAUCGCCAGUUUCAUUGGAUAUCUCUGAUUUGACUAUUAGGCCAAUUGCUUGCCCAUAAUUGUGUUCUCUACUGUUGCUCAACCACUACUUAUUUGAAAAAAAUAUUUAAUAAAAACUAGUCAAGGUACUCUCAGUCGUAUUUCUUUCCUAAGUAUGUCGAAAUUGGGUCGUAAGGAAACAUGGGUCACACAAUAAACUCAUUUGGUGGGUCAUCUCUAGAUUGCGCACUGCGAACAUUUUAUUCUGGCAAAAAAU